GGAUCAGAAGCCCCACGGUGCCCUGUGUCUGAAGGAAGCUCUGGCCAGGGACAGCUGUGCUGGCUCCUGCUGCCCCCUCCAGCAUGAUGCUGGGGAUCCUGGGGCUCUGGGCACUGCUUCCCACAGCUGUGCAAGCACCCCCCAGCAGGCGGACCUGUGUGUUCUUCGAGGCCCCCGGAGUGCGGGGAAGCACACAGAACCUGGGGAAGCUGCUGGAUGCAGGGCCGGGCCCCCCCAGGGUUAUCCACUGCCUCUACAGCCGCUGUUGCUUUGGAAUCUGGAACCUGACCCAAGACCAGGCCCAGGUGGAGAUGCAAGGAUGCCGAGACAGCGAUGAGCCAGGCUGUGAGUCCCCCCGCUGUGAUCCAAGUCCCCGAGCCCAGCCUCGCCCCAGCUCUACUCUCUUCACCUGCUCCUGUGGCGCUGAUUUCUGCAAUGCCAAUUACAGCCAUCUGCCUCCUCUGGGGAGCCCUGGGACACCUGGUUCCAAGGGCCCCCAGGCCUUCCCAGGGGAGUCCGUCUGGAUAGCGCUGCUGCUGCUGGGACUCCUGCUGCUGCUGCUGCUGCUGAGCAGUAGCAUCUUGGCCCUGCUGCAGCGGAAGGCCUGCCGAGUGCAAGGUGGGCCAGAGCCAGAGCCAGAGCCAGAGCCAGGCAGGGACUGGAGCGCUGAGCUGCCAGAGCUGCCUGAGCUACGCUUCUCCCAGGUCAUACGGGAAGGAGGUCACGCAGUGGUGUGGGCUGGGCAGCUGCAAGGCAAGCUGGUAGCUGUCAAGGCCUUCCCCCUGAGGGCUGUGGCUCAGUUCCAAGCCGAGAGAGCAUUGUACGAGCUGCCAGGCCUACAGCAUGACCACAUUGUCCGCUUUAUCACCGCCAGCAGGGGCAGCCCUGGCCCCCCACCCUGCGGGCCCCUGCUGGUACUAGAACUGCACCCCAAGGGCUCCCUGUGCCACUACUUGACCCAGCACACCAGUGACUGGUGCAGUUCCCUGCGGAUGGCACUGUCCCUGGCGCAGGGCCUGGCGUUUCUCCAUGAGGAACGUUGGCAGGAUGGCCAGUAUAAACCAGGUAUCGCCCACCGAGAUCUGAGCAGCCAGAACGUACUCAUUCGGGAUGAUGGGUCAUGCGCCAUUGGAGAUCUGGGCCUCGCCUUGGUGCUCCCUGGCCUCGCCCAGCCCCCAACCUGGGCCCCUACUCAACCCCGAGGCCCGGCUGCCAUCAUGGAGGCUGGCACCCAGCGGUACAUGGCACCAGAGCUCUUGGACAAGACUCUGGACCUUCAGGACUGGGGUACAGCCCUGCGGCGAGCUGACGUCUACUCUCUGGCUCUGCUCUUGUGGGAGAUCAUGAGUCGCUGCCCAGAUUUGCGACCUGACAGCAGACCACCACCCUUCCAACUGGCCUACGAGGCAGAACUGGGCAGCGCCCCCACCACCUGUGAGCUGUGGGCCUUGGCAGUAGAGGAGAGGAGGCGCCCUCACGUCCCACCCACCUGGUGCUGCUUAACCACAGUAAGAGGGCGCAGGCUGGUGGGCAGGGGACCUGCAGAGUCUUGA